GACCAAACGGUAUCGUUUCUACCGCUCCUCAUGACCCGAACGGGGCAAGCUCACGGAGACGACGAAAAUAUCGCCGCCCACAGCUCAUCCUCCGCUCCGCAGCAAAUCUUCCACGGCGAUACAACGACGAAAGCGCUGGUUAGCGAGCCGACAGCUCUGGAAGAUAAGCCUGUCCCGAGCUUUUGCGACACGUGUACAGUGGACACCUGUCCCCUUCAGCAAGCAAAAGAAAAAGUUUCCUACGCAGUCAUAUUUAUUGGGGGAAACGAAAUGACAAGAAUAGAGACAGAAAGCACCCGCGCUCCAUUCUAGGCUGAAAGUAAGAAAGAGAGUGAGUGAGUUCUGCAAGAAGCGAGUUGGGGGCGAGCUGAGUGUGGGGAAAGUGAAGGAAGGGAAAGGAAGAAUUGAGGUUUGAGGAGCAAAAAUGGAGGGCGAGCCGACUCGCAUAAUGAUCGCGGUGAACGAGUCAUCAAUCAAGAAGUAUCCGCACCCGUCCAUCAGCUGCAGGGGAGCUUUCGAGUGGACUCUGGAGAAGAUCGUCCGCUCCAACACUUCUGGAUUCAAGCUCCUCUUCCUCCACGUCCAAAUCCCCGACGAGGAUGGUUUUGAUGACGUGGACAGCAUAUUUGCAUCUCCUGAUGAUUUCAAGCAAAUGGCUCGUAGGGACAAGGCUAGGGGUCUUCAUCUGCUGGAGUAUUUCGUGGAUAGGUGCCAUGAGCUUGGGGUUGCCUGUGAGGCCUGGAUCAAGAAGGGUGAUCCGAAGGAGGUGAUCUGUCGCGAAGUGGACCGGGUUCACCCGGAUUUCCUGGUCGUUGGAAGCAGGGGUCUCGGCCCUUUCCAGAGGGUAUUUGUUGGGACUGUGAGUGAGUUUGCCCAGAAACAUGCUGAGUGCCCCGUGAUCUGUAUCAAACGCAGAGCUGAUGAGACCCCUCGGGAUCCAGUUGAUGACUGAUGUUCACGCAUAAUGUUUCUUCUUGGCGUGUGAUCAAUUGAGGAACUGUUAGAUUGUGGGUUUCAGCGUGCGAACGAAAGAUUAAGAGCAUAGGAAGUGUACGGACUGAGUGUUGGUGAAGGGUUCAGAGUUCUGUGAAGGGGAUGCACCGAGUGUUAAGUGGUAUGGAAGAUGAACGACGAAAUAUUGGUAUAACGUGCAAUUCUUUUGUUCUUUUGGUGGAACUGUAAUCCUGAAAUUCGGCUCGUGAUUUUCUCUGCUUCCAGUCUUGUAUAAAGCAAUUGCCCCAUUAUAGUGCUAAAACUACUACACUGAGAUAGUACUCCAGGUACUGUAAAAAAAAAAAAAAAAAAAAAAGAUAGUACUCCAGGUGGAAACUACAUUCACUGCUUGAGAGAAAGCGAAAAUGAUGUCAUGACCGUGUGUGGUGUUGCCAUGAGUAAAAGUUGAGAUGAACACGCGAGCUUAUCCGAAAGCAACAUGGUUAACAAGUUUUUCCAUGCAUUAAACUUACCAGUUACCAGGGAUGCGUUAGGGUGGCAACUAAAAUUUUAGUAGCCACCGUGGCUAUAUCACUAUCUACCGUCCAUUUUUAUUGUUUUCCUCUUUUUUUAAUCUCACGGUUAAUUUUGUUUUAGGGUAUAUUUUGAAACAAAAAAAAGUCCACACCUGAUUAUUCUAUAUAUUCUACACAAACCCUAAUCUACCAUCCCUCCAGCCGAAUCCUAGACGACGGUAGCCGACUGCUAUCACCCUGCUAUCUCCUCCGCGCGUUUUCAACGUGGAAGGAAAGACAAACCCUUCUUCUCUCCAUACACCACAUUACUUCUUCGUGCACUAUAAGAGCAUCCAAAACUCCAAAAAGAAAGGAAACAAUAGAGAGAGAGAGAGUAAAAGGAUUCUACGCUUCACGAUGUGGCGAGUGGUAGCGGUUGUGUCGGCCGUAAUGAUUCUGCAGGCACGUCCCUCGAUCCAGCACAUGAUUGUUUCUGUUGAAAAGGAGUUGAGAGAAAGAAAGCUGAUUGUUCAUUGUCGAUCCAAAGACGAUGACAUUGGAGCCAACCUCGUUGAUGUGGGUUCUCGUUUUUUGAAUGGGGUUUCGAGCUGGAUGUUUUUGGGAAGACGCUAUAUUGGUUAAUAAGUAUCAGUGUUUUUA